AUAUUAUCAAAAAUAUCUUGAAGUGUUAAAAAAACUGAGAUGAAUUUUAUCAUGAAUAUACACAAUAAACAAUACAUUUUUUUGUUCGAACUUAUAUAACAAUUAUUAGUUUAUGACAAAAAAAAAUAUUAGCUUAUGAUUUUUUAUGGAACAAUAUUCUUGGUUUUAAAAAGCGAAUGCCUUCAUCGCCAUGACGCUUGGCGAGGUGUAGCGGUGUGCCCAUCGCACUGACACCUGAAAGCCAGGCGAGGUACACAUAGCGUUCGCUAUUGAGCGUUUUAGUAUUAUUCAUAAGUCGCUUUUUAGCGACGCCUCACUGAUUCCCUUCUCAAACCAACUUGAUUUGUACAUAUUUUGGUUACUAAACCAACUUUGGUUUAAUACAUAAUCUCUAGUAAAUAAUAAUAACAAAAAGGAAGUAAACUGUAACAAAAAAAAUAACAUAAAAGGACCAGAAAGAAAGAAAAAUCUCAAGUCCGAACAGGCUAGAAAAACCCGAACCAUUUGUAAUGAUUCGCGGCUGCCUUUGCCACUCUGCAACCUAAACCAGACGAGUCGAGUCCCACGCGCGAAUAUACAAACACCGUGAGAGAUUCGGGAUAACGAUGAAUAGUGGCAACGUCCUAUCGAAGUUGGCUCUAUGCUUCUCCUCUUCCGAGGUCUUUUUCCGGCGAGCUUACGGCGAUGAUGGAGUCUUUCGUUAUUGCUCUGCCACCAUCUUCGCACUUAUCUUCAUUCUUCUCUGCCAGAUUCUCCGGAAAGUUCGAUUCUUUAGUCAUGUUCCUUCUUCUUCUUCUUCUUCUUCUUCUUCUUCUUCUUCUUCUUCUUCUUCUUCUUCUUCUUCCUCUGCUGUAUCAGCUUCUCAAUCUCUGAUGAGCUCCCAAUCAAGAAUCUCCACACUUGUUUCUGAUGAAGACCUAAAAGACCUUAUUGAAAAACUGGGGGAGAGAAGUGAUGAUACCGAGAUUUGGGAGGAUGUUAUUCAGAAAAGCAACCCUCGCGUGUCUUACACUGCCAAAUGCUGCAAACCACAAGAUGGUGGUCCUAUGAAGUACUUAAGCACCACGGUGUUUGAGGACUGCUCGCCAGAGGUUCUGAGGGACUUUUACAUGGACAAUGAGUACAGGAAACAGUGGGAUAAGACUGUGGUCGAGCAUGAGCAGUUGCAGGUUGAUAGUAACAGCGGAAUAGAGAUUGGUCGCACCAUAAAGAAGUUUCCUUUGUUGACACCAAGGGAGUAUGUGUUAGCUUGGAGGUUGUGGGAGGGGAAAGAUAAGUUUUAUUGUUUCAUCAAGGAAUGUGAUCACAAUAUGGUGCCGCAGCAGAGGAAGUAUGUACGUGUAAGUUAUUUCAGAUCUGGUUGGCGAAUCAAGAAAGUUCCUGGUAGGGAUGCUUGUGAGAUCCACAUGUUUCACCAGGAAGAUGCUGGAUUAAAUGUUGAGAUGGCGAAGCUUGCUUUCUCAAGAGGCAUAUGGAGUUACGUUUGUAAGAUGGACAGUGCGCUUCGUAAGUACAUUGCAGCCAGUCAUAGACCCCAAGGGCCCACUAUAUCUGCUGUUAGCUUAAUGCAAAAGAUUCCAUCAGAGUUAGAGAAUCAGACAGAUGACAUCACAAACUCCUCGGGAACUAUCAUUACAGGUGAAGGAGCCAAAAGGAAGAAACUGUUGACAAAGCCUUCGAAGAAACAGUUAGCAAAGGGUCUGUUACUCGUGGGAGGUGCGGUUGGUAGUGCAGUUUGCCUGUCUCGUGGUCACUCCGCCUUAGGUGCAAAGGUUGCAUUGGCUUACUUCUUGACAAAGCUGAGAAAGCGUGGAGCUCAGCAGAGUCAGACUUCCCAGAACGUUGGUAUUUAACUCGUGUAUAGAUUUUGUUUGAUGAAACAUAUGCGACUCCUCCUAAGCUUGUGUGAUAGGAGAGUUGUUUGUAGAAGUGAUUUGACGUGUGAAUACUGUCACAUAAAAAAGAUAUAUUAUGCGAUGGCUCUGACCAUAUGAGCUCUGUAUC